CCAGUCAUGUUUGAUAUGUAUUGCACGACGAUUACCUCGGCCUCCAGCUAUUACGGGUGUAGAAUCCUUUAUGACCAAGCAAGAUACUACAGGUAAAAUCAUCUCUAUUGAUACUAGUUCCCUGAGAGCUGCUGGCAGAACUGGCUGGGAAGAUUUAGUGAGGAAGUGCAUUUAUGCUUUUUUCCAACCUCAGGGCAGAGAGCCAUCUUAUGCCAGACAACUAUUUCAAGAAGUGAUGACUCGUGGCACUGCCUCCAGCCCAUCCUAUAGAUUCAUAUUGAAUGAUGGGACAAUGCUUAGCGCCCACACCAAGUGUAAACUUUGCUACCCUCAAAGUCCAGACAUGCAACCUUUCAUCAUGGGAAUUCAUAUCAUCGACAGGGAACACAGUGGGCUUUCUCCUCAAGAUGACACUAAUUCUGGAAUGUCAAUUCCCCGAGUAAACCCCUCGGUCAAUCCUAAUAUCUCUCCAGCUCAUGGUGUGGCUCGUUCAUCCACAUUGCCACCAUCCAACAGCAACAUGGUAUCCACCAGAGUAAACCGACAACAGAGCUCAGAACUUCAUAGCAGCACUCAUAGUAAUUCUAGCAACAGCCAAGGGAGUUUUGGAUGCUCACCUGGAAAUCAGAUUGUAGCCAAUGUUGCCUUAAACCAAGGACAGGCCAGUUCCCAGAGCAGUAAUCCCUCUUUAAACCUCAGUAAUUCUCCUAUGGAAGGUACAGGAAUAUCCCUAGCACAGUUCAUGUCUCCAAGGAGACAGGUUACUUCUGGAUUGGCAACAAGGCCCAGGAUGCCAAACAGUUCAUUCCCUCCUAAUAUUUCGACAUUAAGCUCCCCUGUUGGCAUGACAGGUAGUGCCUGUAAUAAUAGUAACCGAUCUUAUUCAAAUAUCCCAGUAACAUCUUUACAGGGUAUGAAUGAAGGACCCAAUAAUUCCGUUGGCUUCUCUGCCAGUUCUCCAGUCCUCAGGCAGAUCAGCUCACAGAAUUCACCGAGCAGAUUAAAUAUACAACCAGCAAAAGCUGAGUCCAAAGAUAACAAAGAGAUUACAACCAUUUUAAAUGAAAUGAUUCAAUCUGACAACAGCUCUAGUGAUGGCAAACCUUUGGAUUCAGGGCUUGUGCAUAACAAUGACAGACUGUCAGAUGGAGACAGUAAAUACUCUCAAACCAGUCACAAACUAGUGCAGCUUUUGACAACAACUGCCGAACAGCAGUUACGACAUGCUGAUAUAGACGCAAGUUGCAAAGAUGUGCUGUCUUGCACAGGCACUUCCAACUCUGCCUCUGCUAACUCUUCAGGAGGUUCUUGCCCCUCGUCCCAUAGCUCACUUACAGAGAGGCACAAAAUUCUGCACCGACUCUUACAGGAGGGUAGCCCCUCAGAUAUCACCACUUUGUCUGUUGAGCCUGAUAAAAAGGACAGUGCAUCUACUUCUGUGUCAGUAACUGGACAGGCACAAGGGAACUCUAGUAUAAAACUAGAACUGGAUGCUUCAAAGAAAAAAGAAUCAAAGGACCAUCAGCUCCUACGUUACCUUUUAGAUAAAGAUGAGAAGGAUUUAAGAUCAACUCCAAACCUGAGCCUGGAUGAUGUAAAGGUGAAAGUGGAAAAGAAAGAACAGAUGGAUCCUUGUAACACAAACCCAACUCCAAUGACCAACCCCAAACCUGCUCCUGAGGAAAUUAAACUGGAGUCCCAGAACCAGUUUACAGCUGACCUUGACCAGUUUGAUCAGUUACUGCCCACGCUGGAGAAGGCAGCACAGUUGCCAGGCUUAUGUGAGACAGACAGGAUGGAUGGUGCGGUCACCAAUGUAGCCAUCAAAUCGGAGAUCCUGCCAGCUUCACUACAGUCCACCACUGCCAGACCCACUUCCAGGCUAAAUAGAUUACCUGAGCUGGAAUUGGAAGCAAUCGAUAACCAGUUUGGACAGCCAGGAGCAGGUGAUCAGGUUCCAUGGACAAAUAAUACAAUGACAGCUGUAAAUCAGAAUAAACCAGAAGACCAGUGUAUUAGUUCACAAUUAGAUGAGCUCCUCUGUCCACCAACAACAGUAGAAGGAAGAAAUGAUGAGAAGGCUCUUCUUGAACAGCUGGUAUCCUUCCUCAGUGGCAAAGAUGAAACUGAGCUAGCUGAACUGGACAGAGCUCUGGGAAUUGACAAACUUGUUCAGGGGGGUGGAUUAGAUGUGUUGUCAGAGAGAUUUCCACCACAACAAGCAACACCACCUUUGAUGAUGGAAGAAAGACCCAACCUUUAUUCCCAGCCUUACUCUUCUCCUUCUCCUACUGCCAAUCUCCCUAGCCCUUUCCAAGGCAUGGUCAGGCAAAAACCUUCACUGGGGACUAUGCCUGUUCAAGUAACACCUCCCCGAGGUGCUUUUUCACCUGGUAUGGGCAUGCAGCCCAGGCAAACCCUAAACAGACCUCCAGCUGCACCUAACCAACUUCGACUUCAACUACAACAGCGAUUACAGGGACAACAGCAGGUGAGUGCUUUUGUUCAGGAGUCCAUACUUUUUAAAGGUUUUUUUCUGGUUGUAAAGCCACCCCUGAAUGCUCAAAUGUUGGCACAGCGUCAGCGGGAGUUGUACAGUCAACAGCACCGACAGAGGCAGCUAAUACAGCAGCAAAGAGCCAUGCUCAUGAGGCAGCAAAGCUUUGGGAACAAUCUCCCUCCCUCAUCUGGACUGCCAGUUCAAAUGGGGACCCCCCGUCUUCCUCAGGGUGCUCCACAGCAAUUCCCCUAUCCACCAAACUAUGGUACAAAUCCGGGAACCCCGCCAGCUUCUACCAGCCCGUUUUCGCAACUGGCAGCAAAUCCUGAAGCAUCCCUGGCCAACCGCAACAGCAUGGUGAACAGAGGCAUGACAGGAAACAUGGGAGGACAAUUUGGCACUGGAAUCAAUCCUCAGAUGCAGCAGAAUGUCUUCCAGUAUCCAGGAUCAGGAAUGGUUCCCCAAGGUGAGGCCAACUUUGCUCCAUCUCUAAGCCCUGGGAGCUCCAUGGUGCCGAUGCCAAUCCCUCCUCCUCAGAGCUCUCUGCUCCAGCAGACUCCACCUGCUUCUGGAUACCAGUCACCAGACAUGAAGGCCUGGCAGCAAGGAGCAAUAGGAAACAACAAUGUGUUCAGUCAAGCUGUCCAGAACCAGCCCACACCUGCACAGCCAGGAGUGUACAACAAUAUGAGCAUCACCGUGUCCAUGGCAGGUGGAAACACAAAUGUUCAGAACAUGAACCCAAUGAUGGGCCAGAUGCAGAUGAGCUCUUUGCAGAUGCCAGGAAUGAACCCUGUGUGCCCCGAGCAGAUAAAUGAUCCAGCACUGAGACACACAGGCCUGUACUGCAACCAGCUCUCAUCUACUGACCUUCUCAAAACAGAAGCAGAUGGAACCCAGCAGGUGCAACAGGUUCAGGUGUUUGCUGACGUCCAGUGUACAGUGAAUCUGGUAGGCGGGGACCCUUACCUGAACCAGCCUGGUCCACUGGGAACUCAAAAACCCACAUCAGGACCACAGACCCCCCAGGCCCAGCAGAAGAGCCUCCUUCAGCAGCUACUGACUGAAUAACCACUUUUAAAGGAAUGUGAAAUUUAAAUAAUAGACAUACAGAGAUAUACAAAUAUAUUAUAUAUUUUUCUGAGAUUUUUGAUAUCUCAAUCUGCAGCCAUUCUUCAGGUCGUAGCAUUUGGAGCAAAAAAAAAAAAAGGAGUUCACUUUUGUUGGGAGAUUGAAAGAUGUUUUUGUUUCUUUCUUUGUAAAGGCCUUGGAUAUUGAAAAAAUUACAAGGCAGAACAGUUGGACAAUCUAUUUCUUGAGCCAAAUUUAAUUAUUCUUAUUUUUAUAAUCAGUCAUUGGCUUCUUAUCUGGAUGAAGGCUUCUGGAGGAGAACCAAAACGACAAGUUCCAAGAGGAAGAUGAAGCUCCGCCUCUGCCGCUCAGUCCCGACCCUGCCCAGGAAGAAGGGCGCACGGGGCUUUGCCUGUGCCCGUCCACCAAAGGCCGUCACAUUUCUCUAAACCAACAGCCCUCCCCUAGCCCGACCCCAGGCAACUUGUGUGUACAAUCAGCUUCUUCUAGCAACUCUGUAUCUGUUGGCUUCAAGAGAAUAUUUUGCCUCCACAUUCGUACCCCUUCUCCUUUUUUUAAAGAUGGAUUUAAACCAAGAUGCCUCCAGGAAAGAGGAUGAAAUGAGUAUAUUCACAGAGGAAUCCAAAAAAUACAGUUUGGGGGAAAAUGCAAUAAUUUUUGAUGAGAUGGGUGAAGGACAAGAAGUGAGUUCUGUCAAUUAUUGUAGAUAUAAUUUUCUGAUUAAAUCUGGAAAAAAAAGGGCAGCCUGUUCUUUCUGCUUUUAUUGUAUUAACAGCUGAGGUAGCUAAAGUUAUUUAAAAUAAAAUUAAAUUUAUGAUCCAAGUAGCUUAUUUUUCCCUUUAAAUCUCUCUGUAAAUAUAUUUGAUUUCUUGUAGAAAUUGAUUUCCUUCUGUUUAAUUUUAUGCUUUUAUUAUACUCUUGAUUUUUCUAAAUUUGUGUGUGAAAUAUAACACUGAAUUGCAGUUACAUAUGGCUAGUAUUAUUUUGUUAUUUUAAUAACUGUGAUGCCAAGUAUGGAUUUAUUUUGGGUUCAAAUCAAAAUGCCACUGCCAGAAAGAGCUGUUCCAGCUGAGCUAGGGCAUACUGCCCUAGAGUGUCCCUGGGAUCAUCUAAUCAGAAGUGCACAGGCUACUUGUACAGAGAAAAAUUAGUACUCAAAAUCUUCGUUUUUUUAGAUUGACUUUGGGAAUUUGAAUUUUCAUCAGUGCAAAUACAAAUUUCUCCACCCUGCUCUGAGGCUAAUUGGUACCGUAUUUUCCCUUUGUGUCUUGUCACUCUGCCACAUCCCAUCUCAUCCUGGCCUCUGAGUCACGGACCCAGUGAACUGACUUUCUAGUUCUAGAAGUUCCACUGCAAGGCCAGGAAAGCUUGAGAAAGGUAUUGUGGAAGAAGCAAAGGUAGACCCCCAUCACUCACCUUCGUCUGUAUCCCUGGGCCUGUGAAGGAUGACAACGUCUGACGUUCUGCACCAGCUACCUCUGCUUCCACGGCAGAGAAAAGGCCAUACAAACUAUCAGUGGAAGAAGAGCAUGGACUCAGACUUCAAGGAAGAAGCCAUUUUCCCAGGUCCUUCCUUCUGCAUCUUACCACCCCCUAGUUAACAGAUAACUCCAUUGAACAGCAUCUGUUCAGAAACUAUACUGAAUAAAAAAGAUUGGUGGAAGGGCUCGUGUGGGUAGCAACUAUGAAACAGAAAUAGGACACUCAGUUAUAAACAUUAUCUCCUUUAGUUUUUCAGAAAAUGCACCCUUGAUUUCAUUCAUUUCCAGCUUGAAAGCCCAGCCAUAUUACUCUAGUCCCUACCAAACUGCUCUAGAAGGUCAUUUCCAUUUUGUUUGUGAUAUUUAGAUGUGUAUACUUCAGGAAGUUCACCUUUAACUUCAGCAUUCCAGAUGAAGUUUUCUGACUCAGUGCUUUUGCAUAAGGAACUAGAAAAAAAAAAGUGGUAAGGAAAAUUGGAGAUGCUAACAUCCUCCCCCAUCCCAACUGCACCUUAAAAUAUGCAUGUCACCUUCAAGGUUUUAUAAUUGCACUGUUUGUUUUAUGUAUGUACAGAUUAAAAUUAUUGCUACAUUUGAGAAAAAUAAAAUUGCUUGCUUCUAUGUAAUUCCUGUCAUUCCACAGGAAAUUUACUUUUCCAGCUACUGAAUAGAAUUUGUUUAACAA